AUGGGCGUCUUUCGCAAACGUGAAGACCGUUUGCCGGUCUACGAGAGGUCCUCAUCCCCAGCCAAAGAACGCUACUCCAACGAUGGCUACUCCUCAGACGACGACUACCGACCGCACAGACGAGAUGUGUCGUCGAGCUCGUCAACGAGCGCUUCAGGCUCCAAUGCGAGCGCCACGCCUAUGCUCUCAAGGCGGCGGCAGCCCAGACUACCGCGCGUUGCCAACAUGUACCCAUAUCGAUUACCGACUAAGGUGACGCGGUACCUGUGUAUCGCAUUAUUCGGUACCCUCAUGCUCAUAAUCCUCAGCUUGAUGAGAGCCAGCCAGGUCGAGAACUGGAAAGUAGAAAACGGCCAAACAGAGAACCGACCGCCGCCUCCGCCUGUGUGGGAGCGGUUCCCAUUCAUAGAGCGAUACUACGGUGGUGUUCGUCGCUUGAAGUCUCUGGAAAACAGCAAACCAGAGUACCCCGAAUCCGACCACCAGCCCAACUCUCAAUCGCAAGACUCGCAGGAAUAUUCACAGCCCGAGAGCCAACCUUGGAGCAAGUACAAAGGCAGGGUCGACGAGCCUGAUGUUGAAGAGUGCUUCCUCGAUGCUGCUGGUACGAUUCGCGUCCCUCAAGUUCACUUCUACAACGGCCGCCCCGAGGGUUACCCUCGCCAUGUCUCUGGGUCAUAUGAUGUUCUAGACUUGCCCGAAGAUAUCUGCUUUGAGCGCUAUGGAAGAUUUGGUCCCUAUGGCUUUGGAUAUUCCGUCAAUACUGGUGGUCUGGGCACUGGUGAGAACGGAGAUAAGGAAGGCGCUGCUGCCAUCUGGCAGUCGUCUCCUCGUGUGGACUACAAGUCCAUUGACUGGGCUGAUGUCCAACGGCGAUGCUACAGGUCCAAUGCAAAGCGUUUCAAGGACAUGCCUGCAAAGGUGUCCACACGCCGUGGAUUUUAUAUCGAUGACGCUGUGGUGAAGAAGACCAAUGCUCAUAAACGAGACGCUCCCGAUGAUGGACCCGAGAAACCCAAACCAAGUGGCCAGGACAAGGAGCACAAGACCGAAUCCGAUGAUGGACCUGAGAAACCCAAACCAAGCGGCCAGGACAAGGAGCAUAAGACUGAAUCCGACGAUGAAGUAAUUCGUAUCCCACCCGUAAAGAAGUCAAGGACUGCUGUUGUCAUCCGGGGUUAUGACGAGUACUUCUACAGGGAAGACGACAUCGCAGCCAUCCGAGCUAUGAUUUCUGAACUUUCUUUGGCAUCUGGUGGCCGAUAUGAUAUUCAUCUCCUGGUCCAGAUCAAGGAUGACGCAAGACACCCCAUCUGGGCUGACGAGGAAGCUUACCAGGCGAGAAUCAGAGACACAAUUCCUGAAGAAUUCCGUGGACUGGUCACUCUUUGGACCGAGACGCAAAUGUUGUCACUGUACCAAGGUAUCUAUGAUCUUUACUCCCGAGGUCCAGAUCUGCCUGUUCAUGGUGUGUACCGAGGACUGUCCAUGGCUAUGCAAUACUUUGCCUACCUGCACCCCGAAUACGACUACUUCUGGCAAUGGGAAUUGGAUGUGCGCUACAUUGGCCAUUACUAUGAUCUAUUUUCCAAGAUUGAGCGAUUCGCCAAGGCACAACCUCGAAAGGGUCUCUGGGAGCGGAACUCGAGAUUCUAUUUUCCUGAAGUCCAUGGUUCAUGGGAUGAUUUCAGUCAGUUGAGCCGAGUCCAGACCGAAAUGGGAGCCGCUGGUGCAGACAAUGUGUGGAAAGAUGUUCCAGGUGUUGAUAACUCUGAGAAGGCUUCGAAGCCAAGGAAGAUGGUCUGGGGUCCUCUGCGACCUGCCGAUGACAAUGACUGGUUCGAGCCUGGAAACGACCCAAUCCCACCAGCCGGUGGCCCAGAGAAGGACCGCUUCGAAUGGGGCGUUGGCGAGGAGGCUGAUUACAUCUCACUUAGCCCUAUGUUUGAUCCCGAGGGAACGACUUGGGGACUGAGAGAUGAUAUUACUGGUUAUAACCGAACGGAGAUGCCUCCUCGUCGAGCUAACAUUAUCACCACAUCCAGAAUGUCGCGUCGCCUGCUUCUCUUGAUGCACAAGAUGACUGCAUAUAAGAAGCAAUUUGCCUUUCCUGAGAUGUGGCCUGCCACAGUUGCUCUCCAGCACGGCCUCAAGGCAGUAUAUGCACCUCACCCCAUGUUUGUUGACCGGAAGUGGCCAUUGGACUAUAUGUCCCAAGUCUAUAAUGGUGGGCGUGAUGGCACUAGUGGUGGAUCUCGUGCAAGCAUGUUUGGCGACAGAGAGCAUAACAUGCACGGGAUUUCCUGGUUUUAUCGAUCUGGAUUUGCACCAAACCUUUACAGAAGAUGGCUAGGCCUCAAAGUCAAUAAUGAUGGUGGAGAAGACUUUGAACUGACAGAGGACAAGACGAAGAGCGGUGGUUCCGUUGGUGAGAUGCCUGGAGGUGAAGGACGAAUGUGUCUGCCUCCAGUCCUCCUUCAUCCUGUUAAGGAGGUUGAGAUACCGGUUGAAGCUCCUUUAGAGGCACCACCCCAAACGGAGGCGAAAGAUGAUGGAGGUCAAUAUGAUAUUCUGGAUCCCGGGGCGUAG